UAGAACGGCGACGGCACCACGGAGCUGCCGGCAUGAGCGCCCCCCGCCGCCCCGCGUCCCGGGCCCGGCCUUUUUGACAAGAGCUAGACUUUGGGCGCCUUGAGGAUAUUCCGUUUUGUAGGUUCGAAUAUUCUCUGACCGUAUUCAGCAUGAAGUGACAUCCUUAAUGAUUAUUCUCAGCAGGACAGGUGUGAGACGGUUGCUAUUGUGUUACAAUCAUGGUGCAGAAAUACCAGUCACCGGUGAGGGUGUAUAAACACCCCUUUGAAUUAAUUAUGGCUGCCUAUGAAAGGAGGUUUCCUACAUGUCCUUUGAUCCCGAUGUUUGUGGACAGUGACACUGUGAAUGAGUUCAAGAGUGAAGAUGGGGCUAUUCACGUUAUAGAACGGCGCUGUAAGCUGGACAUAGACGCACCGAGGCUGCUUAAAAAGAUUGCAGGAGUUGAUUAUGUUUAUUUUGUCCAGAAAAACUCACUGAAUUCUCGGGAACGUACUUUGCACAUUGAGGCCCACAACGAAACCUUUUCUAACCGGGUCAUCAUCAAUGAGCACUGCUGCUACACCGUUCACCCUGAAAAUGAAGAUUGGACUUGUUUUGAACAGUCUGCAAGUUUAGAUAUUAAAUCUUUCUUUGGUUUUGAAAGUACAGUGGAAAAAAUUGCAAUGAAACAGUACACCAGCAACAUUAAAAAAGGAAAAGAAAUCAUCGAAUACUACCUUCGUCAGCUGGAAGAAGAAGGCAUAACGUUCGUGCCCCGCUGGACUCCCCCUUCCAUUGCCCCGUCCUCGGAGGCCUCCUCGUCGCGUAAGAAGCAGGCAGCGUCCUUGGCUAUUGUGGUUCCAGACGCUGCCCAGGCGGAGGGGCCGGGUAGCGAGGCCCUCAGCAGCCCCAGCGGGCCGCCCGAGCCCGUGGCGGGGACCCCGGACGACAAACUGGACGCAGACUACAUCAAGAGGUACCUGGGUGAUUUGACCCCGCUACAGGAGAGCUGCCUGAUCCGGCUUCGCCAGUGGCUCCAGGAGACCCACAAGGGCAAAAUCCCGAAAGAUGAGCAUAUUCUUCGGUUCCUACGCGCCCGGGACUUCAAUAUCGACAAAGCCAGAGAGAUCCUGUGUCAGUCCCUGACUUGGCGAAAGCAGCACCAGGUGGACUACAUUCUGGAGACCUGGAGCCCCCCGCAGGUCCUGCAGGACUACUAUGCGGGGGGCUGGCACCACCACGACAAAGACGGGCGGCCGCUGUACGUGCUCCGGCUGGGACAGAUGGACACCAAGGGCCUGGUGCGAGCCCUCGGGGAGGAGGCUCUGCUGCGAUACGUUCUUUCCAUAAACGAAGAAGGGCUGAGACGGUGUGAAGAAAAUACAAAAGUCUUCGGUCGACCUAUCAGCUCGUGGACCUGCCUGGUGGACCUGGAGGGGCUCAACAUGCGCCACCUGUGGAGACCCGGCGUCAAGGCCCUGCUGCGCAUCAUAGAGGUGGUGGAGGCCAACUACCCCGAGACGCUCGGCCGCCUCCUCAUCCUGCGCGCCCCCCGCGUCUUCCCGGUCCUCUGGACGCUGGUUAGUCCGUUCAUUGAUGACAACACCAGAAGGAAAUUCCUGAUUUAUGCAGGAAAUGACUACCAGGGUCCCGGAGGCCUGCUGGACUACAUCGAUAAAGAGAUCAUUCCAGACUUCCUGAGCGGGGAGUGCAUGUGUGAGGUGCCCGAGGGCGGACUGGUCCCCAAGUCUCUGUACAGGACCGCGGAGGAGCUGGAGAACGAGGACCUCCGGCUCUGGACCGAGACCAUCUACCAGUCUGCAAGCGUCUUCAAAGGAGCCCCGCACGAGAUUCUCAUUCAGAUCGUGGAUGCCUCUUCAGUGAUCACUUGGGAUUUUGACGUGUGCAAAGGAGACAUCGUCUUCAACAUCUACCACUCCAAGAGGUCACCCCAGCCCCCCAAGAAGGACUCCCUGGGGGCACACAGCAUCACCUCCCCCGGAGGGAACAACGUGCAGCUGAUAGACCGGGUGUGGCAGUUGGGCCGCGACUACAGCGUGGUGGAGUCGCCCCUGAUCUGCAGAGAAGGCGAGAGCGUGCAGGGCUCGCACGUGACCAGGUGGCCGGGCUUCUACAUCCUGCAGUGGAGGUUCCACAGCAUGCCUGCGUGCGCCGCCACCAGCCUGCCGCGGGUGGACGAUGUGCUGGCCUCCCUGCAGGUGUCGUCGCACAAGUGCAAAGUGAUGUACUACACCGAGGUGAUCGGCUCCGAGGACUUCCGAGGCUCCAUGACCAGCCUGGAGUCCAGCCACAGCGGGUUCUCCCAGCUGAGCGCCGCCACCACCUCCUCCAGCCAGUCCCAGUCCAGCUCCAUGAUUUCCAGAUGGCGGUUUUGCUGACAGCUGCCAAGAACACGCUUCCCUCCACAGGCCACCUCAGCCCAGGGAUGUUUGUAGAACUAUCUGAGUUGCAGCCGUCCCUCCCUCCCCCAGUCUGAAGACGUGUUCGUUUUAAGUUGACUCAGAAGUGGCCCUGUCUUGUCCCCAGAGAGUCGAACGCGUCUCUAAGAGUUCAAAGCACAUCACUGCGCAGACGCCGGCAGGGUUGCUCACGAGUGACGCGGCACCUGCUUCUCCUCGGAGGGGGCCGCGGCACGUGGACCCGGCUGUGCCCCUCCUUCCAGGCCCUGCAUUUCUUACUCUCCGCCUUUCUUCUGCACUAAGGGUUCUUUUGGUUUCCCCAAUGUUACUAGUGUCUUAACUCACUUUUCUUCCUCAAUCCUUUAUUUGCAUAUCAAAUUCUGUAAAUGUUUUGUAAACAUAUUACCUCACCUUUGGUAAUACAAUACUGAUAGUCUUUAAAAGAUUUUUUUACUGUUAUCGAUAAUAAAUGUGAACUGUUUAAAGACGA